UGACUGGUAUCAUGUAUCGUCGUACAGAUCCGAUAGCGAACAUACACCGGUCCCGAGGCCAUCAGGAUCGAUUUCCUUUGAUAAAUUAAACCGUGAGUAAUGUCUUAUGCUCGGCUGUCGAGAAGAGUUGAGGUCAAAGCAAGUAGGCCAGUGAACUCACCUACAAUCGAUAUCUCCGCAAGACAACCCAAAGAUCCAGCAAGCUGCUCUCGCGCAUAUAGGCGUAGACCACGAUUUCCUUGAUUGGGAUACACGAGCGCUCGCCAUGUCAUCUCCUGCUUCGGAGAUAAAUAAAAUGUCAGAAUUAACACCCUGCAAGACCAUGCGAGGCCAUACAAAUUACGUAUUUGGUGUUGCGCACCUCCCGGACGGGCAACGUACUAUCACGUGUUCGGGCGACGGCUCACUUCGACUAUGGGACCUAGAGAGUGGUGCACAGAUAGGUGACGAUUGGAGAGAUGAAGGGGAUGAUGCGCCAGUAUGGACCAUGUCAUUGUCUCCAAAUGGCAAGACUGUUGCCAGCGGGAGCAAUGACGGGACAGUGAGGUUGUGGGAUGUCGGGACCAGGAGGGUUGUCGUCAAAUGGAAAGAGCACACUCAAGCUGUGGAGUCAGUGUGCUGGAGUCCAAAUGGUGAGCAGGUGGUGAGCGGAUCCUUCGAUGGGACGGUAAGGGUGUGGGAUGUGAAGAGCGGCGAACCCAUCCAGGGUUUGAAUCCAAUAGUGACAGGGCACCAGCAUGUGAACGCGGUCAGCUACUCACCAGAGGCAACAAUGAUCGCGACCUGCGGACGCGAUGGAAUCAGAAUUUGGGACGCAGAGACAGGCAAAUGGCUCUCCACAAUCAAACUUCAUCUACCAGUUUGGAGCUUGACCUGGACAUCGAACGAGAAACUUGUUUCUGGUUCGAGAAAUGGCUCGAUUAGGAUAUUCAACACUGCCACAUGGGAGCAGAGCGUCGUUCUGGAAGGUCACACGCAGGGUGUCAAGUCCAUCACUUUGUUGCAAAACGACCGCCUCCUUGCGAGCACAUCAUGGGACGGAACAGCACGUCUCUGGAAUCUUGACACAUACCUCCAAGUCGGAUCACCUCUCCAACACGAAAAGGACGUCCAGUGUGCGGCCUUUUCCGCUGAUGGAAAGCUGCUAUCCACAGGUUGCGAGGACGAAAAUGCGUACGUGUGGGAUAUCCAAGACAUCCUCAAAGCAGCUGGCCUAGAAGACCUCAUGUCCAUACCUGAUGCACAAAAAUCUGAACUCAAAAAGAAUUCGACAUCAGAUGCUAAUGCUAAACGAUGUCCCGCCAUCGCCAAUUGUCCACCCACACGUCAAGUGUCAUCAGGAUUUUUCGAUAAAGUGCAAGACAGUAGUGCUGUGCGACACCACCGUCUCAUAUCUCCCUCCUUUCUCUGACCUCUAUAUUGUUAGUUGCCCUCCUUGGGAUCACGUCCACGCGCCCCUCUCGUUC